GGCGUCUCAUCAUCAUCGAUUUAUCUCACAUCUCUACUCGGCCCACCUCUCUCUCCCCCCUUGCUCCUGCACCUUAACCCUCGAUCUCUGCCUCGGCCGCCUCCGCCGCCUCUGCCCCCCUAGCUUCCUACCCAAUCGCGGCUCUCACCUCUCUCCACGCGAUGCCCCUCGGAAAUUGAUUGAUGACUCACGCAAAGAGGCCAUUCUCGAACACCUGUGGCAGCAGCACCACCAGCUCCGGCGGAGUCCUCGGAAGUCCUUUAUCCCCCACAGUGGCAACCUCUUCGUCUAUGAAAAAGGCCAAAUCCCAGCAGGCAGGGUCCGUAUCCGAGAGAGAGAAGAACGGCCUCCACGCACACACCGAACGCUUUGAUGCGCAGGCGGCGGUGGCGGUUGAUGAGGAAGAUAACAUGUUCGUUGACCAGGAAGAACUAAAGGGAGUUGGUGCAUCUGCGGCGGGGAUUGCUACCACUGGUGUGGCCUCCAAUCUCUCCAGGAAGAAGGCUACUCCUCCUCAACCCUCUUCCAAGAAGCAGCUAGUUAUCAAACUCGUCAAGGGAAAGCCAACCCUGCCUGCAAACUUUGAGGAAAAUACAUGGGCAACUUUAAAGUCUGCUAUUACAGCUAUAUUUCUGAAGCAGCCAGAUCCCUGUGAUUCUGAGAAGCUUUAUCAGGCAGUUAGUGAUCUUUGUUUGCACAAGAUGGGAGGAAAUCUUUAUCAACGUAUUCAGCAGGAAUGUGAAGGGCACAUUUCUGCCAAACUGCUGUCAUUAGUUGGCCAAAGCCUUGAUCUGGUGGUGUUUUUAUCGUUGGUAGAGAAAUGCUGGCAGGAUUUCUGUGACCAGAUGUUGAUGAUUCGUGGUAUAGCUCUAUAUCUUGAUAGAACUCAUGUUAAGCAAACUCCAAAUGUUCGCUCUUUGUGGGACAUGGGGCUGCAGUUGUUUCGCAGACAUCUAUCAUUGUCUCCAGAAGUUGAGCGUAAAAUUGUUGCUGGCCUUCUAGAGCUGAUUGAGAGAGAACGAAUAGGUGAAGCUAUUGAUAGGACAGUGCUUGGUCAUCUUUUGAAGAUGUUUACUGCUCUAGGAACCUAUGCAGAAAUCUUUGAGAAACCCUUUCUUCAAAGUACUUCCGACUUCUAUGCUUCUGAAGGUGUUAAAUUCAUGCAACAGUCUGAUGUUCCAGACUACUUGAAACAUGUGGAGCUGAGGUUACACGAAGAGCAUGAGAGGUGCCUGCUCUACUUAGAUGCAAAUACAAGGAAACCACUUAUUGCUACCACUGAGAAACAACUUCUUGAACGACAUACAUCUGCGAUUCUUGACAAGGGGUUCACGAUGCUCAUGGAUGCAAAGCGUGUUGUUGACCUUAAAAGGCUGUAUACCCUUUUCACGAGAGUGAAUGCUCUUGAGUUGCUAAGACAGGCUUUAGGUUCAUACAUCAAGGGCACAGGGCAGGGAAUUAUUAUGGAUGAAGAAAAGGACAAAGAGUUGGUUCCAUGUCUCUUGGAUUUUAAAGCAUCUCUUGAUACAAUAUUGGAAGAAAGUUUCUCUAGAAAUGAAGCUUUUUCAAAUACCAUAAAGGAUUCCUUUGAACAUCUAAUAAAUCUUCGUCAGAAUAGACCUGCAGAAUUGAUUGCAAAGUUCUUGGACGAGAAGCUUCGUGCUGGAAACAAGGGUACUUCUGAAGAAGAGUUGGAGGGCACUCUUGAUAGAGUUUUGGUCUUAUUCAGAUUCAUACAAGGUAAAGAUGUUUUCGAGGCAUUUUAUAAGAAGGAUCUUGCAAAAAGGUUAUUACUGGGAAAGAGUGCAUCAAUUGAUGCUGAAAAAUCUAUGAUAUCAAAACUGAAGACCGAGUGUGGGAGCCAGUUCACUAAUAAACUGGAAGGAAUGUUUAAGGAUAUUGAAUUAUCAAAAGAAAUAAAUGAUUCUUUCAAACAAUCAUCCCAAGCCAGAACUAAACUUCCAAGUGGUAUUGAGUUGAGCGUUCAUGUUUUAACGACAGGGUACUGGCCAACAUAUCCGCCAAUGGAUGUUCGUCUUCCCCAUGAACUAAAUGUUUACCAGGAUAUAUUUAAGGAGUUCUACCUAAGCAAGUACAGUGGAAGACGGUUGAUGUGGCAAAAUUCACUAGGCCAUUGUGUUUUAAAAGCAGAAUUUCCUAAAGGUAAAAAGGAGCUAGCGGUGUCCUUGUUUCAGACUGUAGUCUUGAUGCUCUUCAAUGACACUCAAAAGCUUUCUUUUCAAGAUAUUAAGGAUUCUACUGGUAUUGAAGAUAAAGAGCUUAGAAGAACCUUACAGUCGCUUGCAUGUGGCAAAGUUCGUGUUCUCCAAAAGAUACCAAAAGGAAGAGAAGUAGAAGAUGAAGACUCAUUUGUAUUCAACGAUGAAUUUAAUGCACCAUUGUAUCGUAUAAAAGUAAAUGCAAUUCAAAUGAAAGAAACAGUAGAAGAAAACACGAGCACCACAGAACGAGUAUUCCAGGAUCGCCAAUAUCAGGUUGAUGCAGCUAUUGUUCGUAUCAUGAAGACAAGGAAAGUUCUUAGCCACACACUUCUAAUAACUGAACUAUUCCAACAGCUCAAAUUUCCAAUAAAACCUGUUGAUUUGAAAAAGAGAAUAGAGAGCCUCAUUGACAGGGAGUACCUGGAGCGAGACAAGAACAACCCUCAGAUUUACAACUACUUGGCCUGAUCCACUUUUCUUCUCAGAACUGUCGCAGCUCCAUCCAUGUACAGAUACAACAAAUUUUCCCCUUUUUUUCCCUUCUGAAGCCAUCUUCGAAAUGACUCUUUUUCUCUUCUCAAAUGGAUGAUCACCAAUUGCUAAAAAAAUGUUCCAAUCAUCUUAGAAUCAGCCAUAUCGUCAUUCAUCUUAUUUAAUGUUUAUGUUACCAAAUUAUCGGUAGUGGAAUUCAUUAUUGAUCUUUAGCCUUUGGAGUUCCAAAUGGCAUAAAUAUCUUUUGGGUUUAGGGUUUAAAAAGUUUGCUUUUAUCUGCAACAGAGCCAUCAAUUUUACCAGUUAUAAUGCACUGUACUGUUAGGUGAUAUUGCAGGAAGAACAGUUUAUCUUAUCGUUCAUAUUCAUGGGAAGAACAGGCAGGACUUUGCAGUUCAAGGUAA